GUUACCCCGCCUGGGGAGGGCGGGCAGACGACAGGGCGGAGCAGGAAGGGCCGGCCUCGCCCCAGGUGACCCGCUGCCCUGUGCCCUCCCUCAGCGAUGGGGGUGAAGCCCCCCAACUUCUCCUGGGUGCUCCCCGGUCGACUGGCGGGGUUGGCUCUGCCGCGGCUUCCUUCCCACUACCAAUUCCUGUUGGACCUGGGCGUGCGGCACCUGGUGUCCCUGACGGAGCGCGGGCCACCCCACAGCGACAGCUGCCCUGGCCUCACCCUGCACCGACUGCAUCCAGACUUCUGCCCACCUGCCCCUGACCAGAUCGACCGCUUCGUGCAGAUUGUGGACGAGGCCAACGCCCGGGGAGAGGCCGUGGGAGUGCACUGUGCCCUGGGCUUCGGCCGCACUGGCACCAUGCUGGCUUGUUACCUGGUGAAGGAGCAUGGCUUGGCUGCAAGAGACGCGAUUGCUGAGAUCCGACGUUUGCGACCAGGCUCCAUAGAGACCUACGAGCAAGAGAAAGCAGUCUUCCAGUUCUACCAACGAUCGAAAUAAGGGGUCUCAGCAGCCUUCUGCCAGGCUCCCACACCCCUACUCUGUCCACACAGUGGGAGAGAAGGGAAGAAAGGGAAGUGGAGGAAACUAUUGAGCCCUCCAACUUCUCAUUGGCUCCCGUUGGACUUUUCCAACAGACAGGUCCUGAAUGACAGAAUGGCUGAGGCCCUGUGGAAGUGGGGAGAAGGGGUCCCUGUGCUGCUUCCUUGAAUAAAUAACUUAUAAGAA